CAGUGUGUGCGGAGGGGUGAUGCCUCGAGAGCGCAUCACAGGACGACAAAACCCCACUGCAAGACGCAGUGCCAGAAUAGAGCCGCUUUGGCACGAGAGCUGGUUUCUUGUAGUUUAAAGGGAGAACGGAGGGAGAUCCUCUUUACGAAUUCCCAAAACAUACUUCAUGCCGGAAUCCUCCUGAUCAUCUUUGCUGGCUUGCGUACAGAGACAUGUAGUUGAGAGAAAAAAAAGGGGAACUCCACCGGUGGAGAGAUCUGGGGAUGCAUGGACACGGUUACGGGUGAUUAAUGCCGUUCUGCAGCUUCAAAACAAUAAGUGAGUUUCGGGGCCCACAGGAUGGACACUGCGGAGGUGAUCCUCUCUGUGUUGGUGGUUGUGAUUAUCAUAGUUUCGUUGCUGUCCAACGUCCUGGUGCUGAUCUGCUUUCUCUACAACCCGGAGAUCCGCAAGCAGGUACCAGGUCUGUUCAACCUCAACCUCACCUUCUGCAACUUGUUGCUGACCGUGUCCAACAUGCCGCUCACUUUGGUGGGACUUAUCAGCGAGGCUCAGCCGGGGGGAGACGGCUUCUGCCAGAUCGUGGGCUUCCUGGAGACCUUCCUGUCCACGAACUCGAUGCUGAGCAUGGCAGCUCUGAGCAUCGACAGGUGGAUCGCCGUGGUGUUCCCCCUGAGGUACCACUCCAAAAUGCGCCACAGAGACGCGGCUUUUGUGCUCGGGUACACGUGGGCGCACUCCAUGUCCUUCUCCACGGUGGCCACCUGCUUCUCUUGGGUGGGAUACCACCGACUUUACGCGUCCUGCACCCUGGCCAACCCGAGGGCGAGCAGUCGGACCCAGUUUGUUAUCUUCACCGUCUUUUUCCACUCCUUCACAUUUUUCCUGUCUUUUAUAGUGCUGUGUGUCACAUACCUCAAAGUGCUUAAAGUGGCAAGGUUUCACUGUAAGCGGAUCGACGUCAUUACAAUGCAAACGUUGGUGUUGCUGGUGGAUAUACACCCCAGUGUUCGCCAGCGUUGCCUGGAGGAGCAGAAGAGGAGACGACAGAGAGCGUCAAGGAAGAUCAGCACCUUCAUCGGCACCUUCAUGCUGUGCUUUGCUCCCUAUGUGAUCACAAGGAUUGUGGAGUUAUUUCCAGCAGUGCCUAUCAACCCCCACUGGGGAAUUGUCUCCAAGUGCUUGACUUACAGCAAGGCAGCCUGCGACCCCUUCGUGUACUCUCUGCUCCGGCACCAGUACAAGAAGACGUGCACCGACAUCAUCAAUAGGCUGCUGAAGCGUAGCUCCUUGAACGCAUCCGGGCGUGGGCACGAGACCCAAGUACACAGCAUACCCGCUGCAGAGUGACAGGGACCGAGGGUCGAUCUCGGCUACUGUCGGGGAAAUAUGAGGCUGAUUUAUCUUCGAUGAAGAAGAGAACUAAAGGUUGUUCCUGUACACGUCUGCUGAAAUUUGGUCUGACAAGCCAAAAAAAAAAAAAUGGAAAAAAAAAAAUGUGACUACAGACAAGGGCAAAUCCUUGCACAGGAAUACCACUGUGUUUGCAUACUGAGUUCCCAGAACAGAUCAGUGCAGUGAGCUUGAGAGGACAAUAAGCAACGGCAGAUUUCACAUCCACCUGGAGAGACAGAUGUGCUCAUCCAAGAAGAUCGACCAGUUUGUAGCCUCAUUAUGAAAUCUUUCAGUCUGAUAUAAUAUAUACUGUUAUUAUUUUUACAUUACUCUGGUAUAUAGUUAUAUUAUCUUUAAAAAACAAAAAGGAUAGGAAAUGGCUGUAUGUCUUUUUUUAGACUGUGCAAAUUGUUUGCAAGUGGCAAAUGAUAUGUUCACAAUAUAUGUAGCACUGAAAACUAGCCAAACCAAAACUUGUCAGUCCCCAAAUUGUAUUACAGAUGAAAACAUACAGCAGAGAGUGCUGCUGCACAUUUAGGCUCAGGUUAUUUCAGACUUGAUGGGGUAAAACACACUCCUGAUUCAACACAUUUAAAGUACUUUUAUUUUUGUAGUAGUAUUGCCUUUGUAGUUUAAGGGCCAAUGAAGGAUAAAAAAAAAAACCGUGUCUUUCUGUGUAUCACAAGCGUAAAAACAUUGCCAACGUUUAAAAAAAAAUUUAAAAAAUAGGCCUUUAAACUGGCUGCCUUUGCCGUCAUGAUGACUGACGUGUGCUCCUCAGGUUGUUUGGUCAAGUGGAACGUGAUCGACUGUAUUUGGCCGGGUUUGUGCUCACAGAGAGGAGUAAGGACAUGGGCAAGGAAGAGAAAAAUGUCAAAAAAAAUAAAGUAUUUUAUUUCCGUCACUUAGCGGAGUGAUCACGUACUAAUGGCAUCUUGUGGUAUAUGAUAGCAAUCACAGAAAUAGUCUCUGACUUCUGUUUCAUUUACACUGUUUUUAGGAAAUGUGUAUAUGGUUUUUUAACGAGAUGGAUAUCUAUAAAAGGAUGUCAAUAUCAUCUUUUUACUCUCACUUUGAAUAUAUAGAUAUAUUGUAUGUUUAUUUAGUCCCAUUACUUGUACAGUGAAGUAGUUUCCAGGUCUUCUUGAAGACCUAUAAGCCCAAGAGUCCUCUUGACUGACAAAGUGUGAUCUGUUGUAUUACAUUCGUUUUGUUUUUUUUGUUCUGUAUCAGAAGACAGGCAGCUCUGUAUCAGAGGGCUUUUGACUAGGCUCCACUUGAUAUAUAGGUGACUUGCCUUCGAUAGAGGCGCUUCAACGCCGUAGUUAUGUCAUGGUGGAUACAUAAUGCGUUUAGAUGGUACAUGAACGGGGCCAGCAGUGAGAUACUGUAUGUAUCACACUAUGCCAAAUCUGAUCAAUGAUGCCCAGUGAGCCAAGUAUUAGUAGCUGCAGUUCAUUUUUCUAAAAACAUAAGCGAAGUUAGAAACAAAUAUUUAUGUAAUUAAUAAUUGAAGAAUUUUUGCUUUUAUUUUGCGUUCAUAGGUUUAAGGAUCUAAUGACAAUACAGAGGAGAAAUGGUUGUCUUGGAUAUAUGAUGCAUUGCGACAUAGAUGUAUAGAUAGGGGUCAAUCAAUGCCUUAUUCACUUCUGUUCAUCAACACAUAACCAUCUAGAAUCUGCAUUUCUGUAACCUGUUUUUUUUCGCUGAUGUUUUGCACUGACGUAGAGUAUAGUCAUUUUUCUCACAUGAUGAUGAUGAGUCGGUGAAAAACAAGCUAAACAUGAAACAAUAUAAUAUGUGGACAGAUUUAGACAAAUGACAACGUGAAAAGUAUUUUUGUGUCUUUUUGAUAUAUACGUACACGUAAUUUAUGACGACACUGUAUUCGUUUGAGUGUUCCAGAAUGUGCUGCUUCACAUGCAAAUUGAGCUUGAACUGUUGUUGAUGGGUCUCAGUGAACUGAGUGUAAUAUACCUCAUUUUGUUAUGGUAACUGAGUUGGCUGCCUGAAGUGUUUUGUUAUGUACUACCUAAUUUAUUAAACCACUGCCUCGAUGCUGCUGCUGCCGCAGAUGGCUGGGACAAACAAACAGACGUCAUGAACAAACAGUUCAUGACGGUGGUGGUGGUGAUGAUGAUGAUGAAGAAGACUGCUGUUUCCAUCUUUGAAUAAUAAGAUGAGAAUAUUUGGUUUUUAUGGUGGUGAUGGAAAUUUUAAAUUCCUGAAUUUACACGACUUAAUGUGGUUUCAGUUAUGCACAUUGGGUUCUGGUAGACCUCUCAAAUGGAUAACUUAAAACAAACCUAAAAACAAAGUAAUUCUAGUGUUCAGCAACUAUCUCACAUGAUGCUUUGACAGCACGGAAUAUGUUGUUGUUGAAUACUAACAAAUAAUUGUUUUACUUGAGUAAGAAUAAUAAAUUACCUGAGCUUUACAAUGAAAUCUUAGAAUGAAGGCAGCCAGUUUGCUUUUUUUAUCUCCGUUUCUCAAACUAGAAAAUCAGCGUUUUCUCUCAAAAUAAAUUGCGCUGGUUAUAUUGACUGUAGUGAAGUUAUGUCUCACCCAAAUAUAAUGGAGUGGCUUUUGGUUUUAUGUGUUUCUAAAAGUUUUUGGACAGCAGUGGACCUAUGGCACAGAAGUAUAAGCUACGACACUUCAUAAAAUCAACACAACUUAACCGGAAAACCAGAGUAAAGGUUGCCGGCAACGCAACCGGUGAUAAAUCCGCAAUCACGUCUUUAAGAAACAAAGGAAAGGAUUUUGUCAAGAGUGAGUCAGCUUUCGUGUCUGCAGCAAUUCAGACUGUUUCCACCUACAAUCAGUCUGAGCCAGUGGAAAGCGAUUUUUCUGUUCACAACGCAGCACAGGUGGUAAUGAAACAUCAGUGUCUGGCUGAGUUGGCCACAUCUGAGCUUCUGUACGCUUCACACCCUAGGAGCCAGCGAUUAUCUUCAGGUGGGUGGCACUGAUGGUAUCACGCGGCUUAAUCAUGGUUGGCCU